CGCAGCCGACGAGAAACGGAGGGAUAACGACGACGACUCAGUCCAACCUCACCCGACCCGACCCGACCCGACCCCUUCCUGUCAAUUCCCAUCCCCACCGAAAUUACCACCACCACCAGCAGCAGCAGCAGCAGCAGCAGUCGCCGACCCUAGGCUUUGGUUUCCCCAUGGACCUGCCCCCCGGUGCCGCCCGCCGCACCACCUACUCCCUCCUCUCUCAGUUCCCCGAAGACGCCCCCGGCCCCGCCAACGUCCUGCAGCGCCAGUCCAGCGGCAGCAGCAGCUACGGCGCCGGCAGCUCCAUCUCCGCCUCCAGCGACUACCCUUUCCACCUCCAACCCCCCGUAGCCGGAUCGGCCACGACCACGGCCGCCGCGGCUGCCUCAGGGGGAUCGCCAUGCAAGACCUGGGCGCAGCAGGCCGAGGAGACCUACCAGCUGCAGCUCGCGCUCGCUCUCCGCCUCUGCGCCGACGCCGCGUGCGCCGCGGACCCGGGAUUCCUCGACCCCGGCGAUUCGGGGAGCGGGAGGGGGAGCGGAAACGGGAGGGCCUUCCCGCUCGCGCAGCCCGCGCCUUCCGCAGAGUCCCUGUCGCAUCGCUUCUGGGUAAAUGGCUCGUUAUCAUACAACAGCACAAUACCAGAUGGAUUUUACUUGAUUCAUGGGAUGGACCCCUUUGUGUGGUCACUAUGCACUGACGUACAUGACGAGAACCGCAUACCUUCCAUGGAAUCACUAAAGUCUGUCCGCCCCGAUGAUUCUUCCAUUCAAGCGAUUCUCAUCGAUAGAAGAACUGAUUUUGAACUAGGUAUGCUGGAGAGCUAUGCUUCCAGCCUUUUGUCCAGUUUUGCUGAUGCCAAGGAUGUGGUAAAGCAACUAGCCAAACUCAUAUCUUCAAGAACGGGGGGUACAACUUCCGAUGAAGAAAACUUGCUUCCACAAUGGAAAGAGUGCUGCGAGGCUAUCAAGUCAAGUACAGGAUCUGUUGUGCUUCAUCUGGGAAAGCUACCUAUUGGUCUCUGCAAGCACCGCUCUUUGCUAUUUAAAAUGUUAGCAGAUAAAGUCAAUGUCCGAUGUAGAGUUGUCAAGGGUUGUAAAUAUUGUAAAUCUGAUGAUGCCUCCUCCUGUCUUGUUCGCUUUGGGCUUGAAAGGGAAUACCUGGUCGAUUUAAUUGGGGAUCCAGGCCAACUUACUGAUCCUGAUUCCUUUGUCAAUGGUCCCUACUCACUAUCUGUGUCCUCACCUCUCCACCCUCCCAAAUUUAGGUCACUGGAGAUCACUUCAAAUUUCAGCUCGGUAGCAAAGCAGUACUUCUCAGAUUGCCAUUCACUGAAUCUCUUGUUCAGUGAUUCUUCCACAGGUGCUGCUAAUAGUGCAGCAGUUGCUCUGGACCAACCUUAUUCUAAGAAACAUGUUGCUGGCGACGAUAUUAUAAACAGAUGGGUGCCAGGAAAAGGGCAAGCAGCAAUGAAGCCAGCCAUUAUUGUGCCAGAAGAUCCUCGGAAGGUUUUGCCACUUAUUACUUCCUCCAAUUUGAAGCUUGAUAAAAAGCAACAAUUGGCGUUAAUUGAGGGGACUAAGCAGUUGCAGGAUACAGUCAGUGGUCUGUCACUUGCUGCAGAUGACCUGAUCAUUCCAUGGAACGAGCUGGUUUUAAAGGAGAAGAUUGGAGCAGGCUCCUUUGGAACAGUUCAUCGUGCUGAUUGGCAUGGAUCGGAUGUUGCAGUCAAGAUACUUAUGGAGCAGGAUUUUCAUCCAGAACGCUUCAGGGAAUUUAUGAGAGAGGUUGCAAUCAUGAAAAGCCUGAGACAUCCAAAUAUUGUUCUAUUCAUGGGUGCUGUUACUGAACCACCAAACCUAUCAAUAGUUACAGAAUACUUGUCAAGGGGUAGCUUGUAUAAACUUUUGCAUAGGAGUGGUGCGAAGGAAGUUCUAGAUGAGAGACGCCGAUUAAACAUGGCAUUUGACGUGGCCAAAGGAAUGAACUAUCUGCACAGACGCAACCCACCUAUUGUUCAUCGUGAUCUGAAGUCUCCAAAUCUUCUAGUUGACAAGAAGUAUACUGUGAAAGUCUGUGACUUUGGCCUUUCGAGACUAAAAGCUAACACCUUCCUGUCUUCCAAGUCUUUGGCUGGAACUCCUGAAUGGAUGGCACCUGAAGUGCUUCGAGAUGAGCUAUCCAAUGAGAAGUCUGAUGUCUACAGUUACGGUGUAAUCCUAUGGGAACUAAUGACACUGCAACAACCGUGGUGUAACCUGAAUCCUGCUCAGGUGGUUGCUGCUGUAGGUUUUAAAGGAAGAAGGCUUGAAAUCCCGAAAGAUCUAAAUCCUCUAGUUGCUGCAUUAAUUGAAUCUUGCUGGGCAAACGAGCCAUGGCGAAGACCCUCAUUUGCAAAUAUCAUGGUAACUUUGAGGCCGUUAAUUAAGGUUCCGGUGCCACAGUUGAUUCGUUCAGAUUCGUAGCUUGUUUUAUACAGUUACAGGAAGAUGUAUUUAACUGAAUUGUCCUGAUAAGGUCAACAUGAAGGAGUGUUUUGGUAUGGACUUGCUAUAAUUGAUCGAGAAUAUUACCUCAUUCCUAGAAUAUGGAUUUCUUCAUUUACACUUUCAAGCUAAGAGUACCUGGCAACUUCUUUCCAUGGCUUAAGGUAUGCUGCCAUUUUCAGAGAGUUCUGUCUGUCCCCAACUUUUUCAAGAAUUCAUGGAUUGUUGGAUGUGAGCUUUACUUUGAUAUUCGCAAGAAGGGUUGUGAGCUCAGUUAAAUUCGAAAUCAAACACAAUCUAUGAUGGAUAGAAGGUAAAGGACUGUUGAUACCAAACACAGACUAUGUAGCUGUACUGUCGAUUGUCUCCGUCUUGAUGUGCUCAAUAUUCAUAUGUUUUUUCACAAUCUGUAGUGUAUCAAAGGUAAAGGAAUGAGUUGAUACAAAUUGAGGUUAGAAAAGCUUUAGACGGCUUGUACAUGUAUAAUUAUCAAGUUGAUGGAUUCUGCUCUUUUGUGCAAAUACGAGAUUUGAUUAGUCCAGGCUGAUAGCUGUUGCUACUGGUAUUUGUGAUAAUGAAAGUUCCUUCAACUUCUCAUUUUGCAUUUAAA